AUGACUGAAGAGUUAACCCUUAUGAAAGUUAAGUAGAAAAUAUUCUGGGCUGAUUACUUAAAUGAAUAGUAUAAAUUCAAGAAUUUUAAUACACGUAAACAUGGUGUUACUAUUAAUGAUGAUUUUUUGAGUGUCUUAGCAAAUAAUUAAUUUUUGACAGCUCAACAUUUUGUAUUUUUUUAAUAGAUGUUUUCAUAUUACUAUGGAGAAUUUUAAGUAUAUAAUUUAUAUAUAUUUUAUUAGGUACUUUCAUUAGAUUGUCAUGUUUUCACAGAAUUCAUACCAGAUGUUACUAAUUCUAUCCUUCCAAAUAUGAUGGUAACUCAAUAUUAAUAUGAUUCCACUCGUGAUUCAUUUUAAACGUUUGAAUAAUCAUAUCAAUAAGAACAACAAUAAACUCAAUAGACUUAAAAUAAAGGUGAUUCAGUUUUCUCUAAGAUUUCAAACAUCUUUAAAACCAUAAAUCCAUUACAAUUCAUUAGAAAAUCCUAACCUCCAUAAAACCUUGAUUAAUAAGACAAUUUUUCAAAUCAAUUUAACAUUGGUUAAUAGGAUUAAAAUUCUUAAUAAAAUGAGUUAUUGUAAAAAUACAAAUUCGAAGUGAAAAAUAUUACUUAUAUAAAAAAAGAUCCAAAAGAACCAUCCUAAGUAAUAGCAAAAGGGUAAAUCAAAAUUAAUAAUGUAAUCUUACUUGAAAAUGAAAAAGGAAAAUAUCAAUUUAAUAAAUUAAACAUUCAAAUUGAAAAUUUAAAAGCUAAAUACAAAUUCUCCUCUCAAAUUUAAAAAAACAUUUUUAGUCUGUUUAAAUAUACAUACAUUCCUAUCAAUUUAUAAAAUAACCAUUGGCUUUGUGCUAUUGUGGAAUUUAGUGAAAACCAAAUAUAAUAUUUAGAUUCUAAUUUUGCAAAAUAAGAUAAUGUUGUUGAAGGUCUAGAAAAAAUGUUAAAUUAUAAAGGCGAACAGACUUAAUGGUAAAUCAUAGAAGGCAGUCCAAAACAAGAGAAUAGGUAUUCGAUUUAUAUAUAUAUUAGUUUUGAUUGUGGAAUAUUCUGUUUGAUGGCCUUAUAUUAGCUUUAUAAAACAGGUAAUUUUAUCUAACCCAAUUAAUAUAAAUAAUAGGAUAUUAAGAGUUUUAGAAAAUAAUUACUUCAUUUAGCAGUAAUAGAAAGUUAAAGUGAUAUUAAUUAAAAAUUACUUAGUAUAAUUUUAGAUUUUAAACAUCAAAAUUGA